AUGGCCGACAAAUAUAACGCCGCUCCUCCCGCCUAUCCUGCGCCCGCCCACACCGGCAACUACCCUCCUCAAGGCGCCGCGCAGGACUUCUACGGCGGUCAACAGCCGCAAUAUCCUCCCCAGCAGCAAGGCUAUUAUCCUCCUCAGCAAGGCUACCCACAACAAGGAAUGUACUACGGGCCCCAGGGCGGUCAACAGCCACAGCAAGGUUACUACGUUGAUGAUCGAAGAAGCGGCAUGGGCACAGGAAUAUGUGCUGGCAUAUUAGGCGCAUUGGCAUGCUGCUGCUGUCUGGAUAUCAUCUUCUAA